CGGCGCCAUGGAAACCGGAGGAGGACGCGGACCACCUUAGACGUCAAUUAUUACGGCUAAGCGCUUAUCGGGAGACGGUGUUAUACCGCGUUCGAUGCCUUACAGAACUUGACGGCCUAGUUCGGAUCAUUUUAUACAUUGUGCAAAACACCCACAACAGUAGAAACCCGCAGGGGUUUGUAAAUAAGCUUGCCUCCAAUGCACAGCGGUGGACGCUUUAAUGGGAUGUGACAUUUAACGUUGCAGGGCACUCUCCAUAUUACACUAUUAGUCCAUUACGGAGAAUGCAACACGUUCGCUGGGCAAGGGUGCCAAGGUUGACGCUUUUGAAUCAGGCACUCACGUGUUUCGUGCCUUGUUUUUUUUUUCUGACGACGUCGUUAGCCCCCGACUCGCCCUCUCCGCACAGCUUUAAGCAGAUCAACUAAGCUUCAGUCCUCUCCCUGCACAAAUCCUGCAGCCGGCUCGUCACAUGACUCGGCACAUCAUAAGUUUAUUUCCGUGUUCGCAGGGAUCCUGUAGGACACAAUGAUUCUUUAAAGCAAAUUCCCAUUUUCUCCGCGUUACCUUUCACGCUACAUUCCGGAGCUGGGGGGAGGGGGCAAUCGGGGUAAGGGAGCCGUGCAAUUUCUCCUGUAGCUUUACACUGCAAUAAUAAUAUGCUCACAAGGGUAAAAUCUGCCGUUGCCAAUUUCAUGGGAGGCAUCAUGGCUGGCAGUUCCAGUGGCGAUCACCUCAGCGGCUCUGAUCUGCCACUGAAAUUCCCGUACAUGAGACCCGAGUUUCUUGGACUGUCUCAGGACGAGAUUGAGUGCUCCGCGGACCACAUCGCCAGACCCAUCCUGAUACUGAAAGAGACCAGGAAGCUGCCGUGGGCCACGGGGUAUGCAGAGGUUAUCAAUGCUGGGAAAAGCUCACUCAAUGAAGACCAAGCAUGCUGUGAAGUUGUUACAAUAAAGAAGAAAUCAAGGUGUCACCUCAACGCGCCGAACAAAAACUCUGUAUAGAAGCGUAGGUCUUCAUUACCUAAUGGUGAAGGUUUACAGCUGAAGGAAAACUCUGAUUCAGAUGGACUUACUUUUCAUUACUGGGCCCUUUUCGAUGGACAUGCUGAUCAGGGGGCAGCUGUUGUGGCCUCCAAACUCUUACAUCAUCAUAUAGUUGAACAGCUUCAGGAUAUUUUGGAUAUUUUAAAAACCGCUGUGCUUCCUCCCACCUGCCUCGGAGAAGAUGCUGACAACACCCCAAAUUCACGAACACUUACGAGGGCUGCCUCCCUGCGGGGAGCUGCUGGUGCUCCUGGUUCUCCAAGCACCCCUCCAACCCGCUUUUUCACAGAAAAGAAAAUCCAGCAUGAGAGCUUAGUCUCUGGUGCCAUUGAGAAUGCAUUUCAAAGAAUGGAUAUGCAGAUUGAAAUUGAAAGAAGCACAUACAGCAUUUCUGGUGGCUGCACUGCACUGGCCGUGAUCUUCUUGUUGGGAAAACUGUAUGUAGGAAACGCUGGGGAUAGCAGGGCUAUCAUAAUUCGAAAUGGAGAAGUAAUACCGAUGUCAUCAGAGUUUACUCCUGAAAGAGAAAGACAACGACUACAGUUUCUGGCAUUCAUGCAGCCCCACUUGUUAGGAAAUGAGUUUACACAUUUGGAAUUCCCUCGAAGAGUCCAGCGAAAAGAAGUCGGCAAGAGGAUGCUGUACAGAGACUUUAACAUGACAGGCUGGGCUUAUAAAACCAUUGUGGAUGAUGAUCUGAAGUUUCCUCUGAUAUAUGGAGAAGGCAAAAAGGCACGGGUUAUGGCAACUAUAGGUGUUACCCGGGGACUGGGGGACCAUGAUCUGAAGGUUCACGACUCCAAUAUCUAUAUCAAACCAUUCCUGUCCUGCUGUCCAGAGGUGAGGACAUAUAAUCUGACUGAGUUUGAGCAUGGACCAGAUGACGUGCUCGUGUUAGCUACAGAUGGACUGUGGGAUGUCUUAUCUAAUGAAGAAGUAACAGAAGCUGUUACCAAUUUCCUUGCAAACUGUGACCCUGAUGAUCAAUUCAGAUACACUCUAGCUGCUCAAGAUCUUGUGAUGAGAGCCCGAGGAGUCCUGAAAGACAGAGGCUGGAGGAUCUCCAAUGACAGGCUUGGUUCAGGGGAUGAUAUUUCAGUGUAUAUAAUUCCUUUAAAAUAUGGAAACAUACAACCCUAGAUUAUUACGGUAACCGAAGGGAGCAUGAACCCCGUUUCUCCAACCCUUUUCUUAUCCCAGAACAUUAUUCUGAAAACCCAUCUCCUUUAGGAUCAAAGUGAUGACAUUUAAUUGUUGUAAAACACACUUCCCAUUUGUACGAGUGGGUUUUGCUGAAUUCCAUUAAAAAGAUGUGUUGGAUCAACCACUGUGGCUCUGUUACAAAUGAAGAAGCUUAUACAGACUUAAAAAAAAAAGAAAAAAGAAAAUCAGAAGCUCAAAUGUGGCAGGUACAGCGACAGUGGAACAAUGUGGAAGAUUACCUUUGUUGGGAACGACAAGGCAGCACUUUGUACACAGUAGUUCUCAUUGUGUAAUUUAAUUUUCCAAUUUUUUCAUCAGCUCACAUGCUCAGGACGACUGGUGGAGCAGUUUAAUUAAAUCAGAUUGGUGAGUUUUGUGGAUGCUGCACUCUGCGGUCAGUGGAGUAUUUUUGUAUUGUAGACGUCGUCAAUAGCCGUCAUUCUCUCUGAUCUACCAGUCCAAUGUUAUCCUUUUUUUAAUUUUUAACUUCGUUCAGAGCGAUUUAUUUAAACUCUUAAUGCUUGAACUGAACUUCAGUGAAAUUCUGUAUAAUGUAUAAAGAGAAAUCUCAUAUGUAUAUUAUGGAAAAAUCCUUUUACAAUCAAAUGUAAAGUGCAAGGUAUUUUAUUAUGUAUUUAAACAGUGUUGUUCUGUUGCUGUGACAUGUUGUUUUAAACCAAAAAUAGCCAUACUGCUCCUGUAUAUACCCUGCAUAUUGAAAAAUCCAUUAUUAAGGUACCCAGUGACUUGAUGGGCUAUAAGUAGAAGUGGCAUGAGCACACUGUGUGCCACAGGAUCUCACCGCAAGGUGCAUUUUGAGCCUUUCUCUUAAUCUUGUAUUUGUACUGCUCUCACAGAAUCAGCAACCAUUCUUCAUCUAGGAAACAGUGCUUAAAUAAUGAUGGAAAACGCAAGCUCUCAAGCACAUGAGGAGCGAAUUGAUUCUUUGCAAUAUAUAGAAAAGCGAAGAAGUGAGGAUGGUGUGAGAAUUCCAAUUCCUGUUUUAAGUUGCGUGUGGCAUGGUGGUGAAGAGGUCAGUGCUGUUAACCCCCAGCUGGGGGAUACCAGGUUUGAAUCCUGCACUCAGAUGGUGUCUUGUGCGGAUGCCGCGGAUGUCAGGUGGGUGUAGGUUUGACCAGUUGGUUUGACUCCUGUGUGAUUGUGCCCUGUAAUGUCCAGGGUUGUUUCCUACCUUGCACACAAUGCUGCCAGGAUAGACUGUUGCCUGCAUGUGGCUGUGGAAUAGAAAGGGCAGCUCAGAGAUAUGGAUGCAUAGUUUCAUAUUUAAAAUUUAUCUGUACAGCAGAUUUGUACACAUUAAAAGCAAUGCACUAAGCUGAUGACAGUUUUACUUUAUUGCAGUUCUUUAGGAGUUUUCUUUUAUAAAACCAGUUAUGUACAGAUUUUGAACAAUGUACAAUAAAUGUAAUGAUAGAGAGUAGAAGCAAUCAUGCAAUAUUUGGACAGUAUGCACAAAUCUAAUGCUCACCGAGUUUCCUAAUAUAUUUUAGGAUUAAUGAAUAUGGUACAUUCUAUUUUUUCAAAUGUAGUUUUCAAGUACAUUUGAAACAUAUUAAACAUUGAAUUUAUUUAUUUUGUAUACUAUAGUUUAGAAGGAAAAUAAUGUUGCAAAAUAAAAUAUUUAAAUUCUCAUAAACAGAACUGGGGUGCACUUAAAACACUGGUUUGUGUAGAUUGAAACUGGACGACUGCACAAUUUAUUUUGGUUACCUUUCGAGUAAUGGAUUUCAGAUUAGUUCCAGUAUUGUUCAGGAUUUCUAUGAAGAUACAUACAGUAGCAGUGUAAUACAAUAAACAAAUGGGACCAUUUUCUCUUCCCAAUAUAAUUCCAUCCUCACCUUUUGAUUUAUGCACUUGGAGCCGGAAUGUUGAGAUUCAAUCCCUACAGAGACGCAGUGCAGGGCAUUUACUGUGUAGCGAAUGUCAUUUGUCAAGCCGAUGACUGAUGGUAGGCCAUCUCGAUUAAGUCAGUGCACUAGAGCCAAGGAUUCUGUUCUCGACAGCAUUAUUUACACACAGCAUAAGCAUGCAGUAGACCCCAAAAUAACUCAAUGUCGCUUUAUUUAUAAUCACAGUAGCUAGAUUUUGUUAAUCUAGAAGUAUGAGACUUCAAUAGAAAUAUACUGAAUAGGCCGUCAUCUAUUACCAUACACAUAUAAUUAUUCAACUGUGUCUUUAACUGUGGGAAUUUUGUGAAAACAUCUGUGUGUAAUAUAUGAAGCAAAAAAUCGCACCAGGGCUUUAGUUGAUUUGCUGUGUUCUACAGUACACAAAGUCACAUUUUUUAUUCUGAUUUUGUAGUUGCUAUAUAGAGAAGAGCACUGCAGAUGUUCCUAUAAAAAUAAAUAAAAAAAAAAAGCAGAUACAUAAAAAGUACAUAAAAAUUAGCACUGAUCAGUGGCUGUAGGGGUUUGCUGGGGAACAGAAUCAUAAAAAAGCUGAAUAAACUCUUGAAAUGAAGUUGCAAGACUUGCAUUCUUUUUGGUUUGUUUGGAAUGCUAUCCCACGCGCCUCUUCCAUAGAUUUAUGAAAUACUGUGUUGUCAUAAAAGACCGGAACAGUUUCAAAAUGUGAUGCAUAUCAAAGGCCAAGUACUUUUUAGAUAAUAAUAAAAAAGUUGUUGUAUUUUAUGCACUGUCAUAGUAGCGUUGUGUUUUUUUUUUCUUUUUCACAGUUAAAGUAGCACUGCCUAUUUAGCCAAUCCAAGACAGUCUUCCUGUCCAAGCAGACUAUUUUUGAAUCCUUUCAAUGGGGCAAAAUAAACUUGGGCAUGAUGUAUUUUUAUGGUAUUUUUCUUUGCAUUUUUCCAAAUUAUUUCUCGGGGUAUAAUGCCCAGUUAGCAUAAACAAAAAAAAAAAAAUAGAAAAGGAAGUGGUGGUAAUAUUUUCUUUUCUUUUUUUUUCUAAAUAUUAUUUUUAAACUGGUGCUUUUUUUCAGUAGGGUUUAUAUUUUGUUCAUUUCAUUUUUUUAAGUUAAGGGUUGUGAUAAUGGUCAGGUUUAGGUUUAGGUUAUUUGAUAUGAAAACAUUCUAUACUGCUUCUUAUUAAUGAUAAAAAAAAAAAUCAUACCUUUCCCUUGUCCCACUUCUUAUUUGUGACCAUACAUUUCUAUUUCCACUAACACUAGUUUCUCUACCAGCUCACACUAUUGAUGCUACAAGCCUAACAGUUCUACCAAAAGUUCUACCAGGUAAGGAUUUUCAGUCAAAGAUUUCAUUUUCAUAAUCUUAGCUAGUUGGGGGCAACUGUGGCAUACUCCCGUGACCACUGAUUGUGUGGUUUGACAUUCCAGACGUCUCAGUCAUACCAGUCUGUGGCUUGCCCUAACUAAAUCAAACCAGUUUAAUUUUUGUUUUAAGUCAUAAGGGUAGGGCCGUGUGUGUGCAAGAGUUGAUAGCCAGUUGAAAGUUCACCUGCAACUUGUGACCAGUAGGGGCCGCUGCAGCCUCCCCAGUCUCAGACGUCACCACACAAACACAGUCCCGGAUUCAAAUAAAUGAUUUAUGAUAUUGCUAGUUCCUUCAUAAUGUGUUACAAUAAUCACAAUACCUCUUCUCUCUUUCUUUCCUCUCCUCCACACCUCCUGGUGAGCUUCGUCUUCCUUCCUCUCAACUCCAACUCCCUGGAGGAGGCUAGACAGCUCGCUUUUAUGUCAGACCCGGGAGUACUUCCAGUACCGGGUAUUAGCUUGAAGGAGGCCCUUCCGGGUCAGACGAGAGCCUCCUGAAACAAGGAGUCUCUCUCCUCGCAGCAUCCCCUGGCGGAACCCAAGGACCCUGACAGUAUUGUCCCUCAACUCCCAUACAUCCCUGCGGGUGUCACUACUGGGCCCACACCAGUGGUGCACUGCCAUCUAUUAGACUGGGGCGGAACUGCCCUGAAUGCAUGAACUCCCCCACAAUAACCAUUAAUUCAUCCCUCUGUAAGGGAUGUUGCUUCAGUCCCAACACUCACAAAUUACAAUGUUUUGGACUGCAUAAACGAAAUAGGGGCUCGUCUGUGUGAUAUCUUAUAUUUGUCUUACCAGGACAAAGAAAAAGGGUUUAGAUGGACCUAGGUUGUUGCUGAAUUCACCACACCUGGAAAACCUUUAUACAUGAUUUUCUGUCAGCAGGCCACAAGUUUUGGAAAUGUGCAACUGUUAUGGAAUUGUGUGGUUUGUCAUGCCAUGUAAUUACUAGUCAUGAAUUCUGUUUUCCUCAAGGUGGUGAGAUCAGCAGCUACAGUCAUGAAGUAUGACAUCCUCUCCAACUAGGCGUCAUGUAAAGCACCAUCGGCUUUAGAGAGCCCGUGUCAUGAGAGAUUCAGAAUACAACAAAGAUACCGAUUUCCCAUAAAACAUCCAUCAAGACACCUUCUGGUUAGCAUCAAGUAACGUGUUCCUCUCUAAGUGCUAAUAAAAAUUGCGACAGGUAAUUUGCUUGGUUGAUUGUUGGUAAUUGAGUUGAUGUUACUUCAACAACAUAGCAGUUUUAUUUGUAUGAAAUGGCUUUGCUAAACCUGCAUUUUACGGGGUUUGAUUGAAACCUACUGAUGUUGGGCACACUCAGUCGGGCAAGUAGAUGAGUUGCGAAAAGUAGUACACAAACAUUAUAAAAGCACACUCCACUGAAAGUUCUAAUAGGGCAACACGCAUUUCCCUGGUAAUGUCAAAGGCUGUAGCAACUCUCUUUGGAAUGCCCACGGAUUUCUCAUCCACCCACGAUGUCACCUUACUUCACUUGUCCUGAAAUGCACAUCUGGCAAAGUUUUUGUUUGCACAGUUCUAAAAGAUGAAAAUCUAUUCAGGUGUGACAGUAAAUUUUUAGAUGUCCAAAGCAAUACCUUAAUAACUUUGCCUUUGGUGUCUUUUCAAGUGAUAAUAUAUGUUCUCUGAAUUGGACUGUUGCCUUGAAUAGCGAGGGACUUGCAGAAAUUCAAUAUUAAUUAUAGAAUGUCAGAAGAAUCUAAUAUGUAAUUAAUUAAAUAUUUAUUGCAUGUAUUUGUAUCAAAAUUAUUCCUGUAUGUUUAUUAACUGUAAAGCUCUUCAGUUUUCCCUUUGUUAUCACACUCUUGGUGAAUUCUGUACUUGGUUUAGUCAUUUCUUGUUCCAGAUUUAACUUGUUACGUGUGAUACGUUGGUUAUUGAAAAUGGAUAGAUGGAUGUAAUUGGAAUUCUGAAAUGUGUGUAGAAAUCUGAAUAUUGCUACCUUUUACAACUUUUAAUUUGAACAGUUUUGAUGUAAACAGGCCAUUCAGCCUAACAAAGCUUACCAAUCCUGUUCACGUCAUUUUUUCUAAAAUAACUUUAAGAUGCGUUUUGGAGGUCCCUUAAAGUCCUUCUGUCUUCCGCACUACUUGAUAAAUUAUUCCAUGUGUUUAUGUUUCUUGGUGUAAAGAAAAACUUUGUAAAGAUUGCGGGAAAAUGACCCCCCAAAAGUUUCCAACUGUGUUCCUGUGUUCUUGUUGAGCUCAUUUUGAAGUAACAGUCUCAAUCCACUGGACUAAUUCCCUUAGUAAUUUUAAACCUCUUCACUCAUGUCACCUCUUAGUCUCAAGUUUGUUUAAAUUUAAAAGGUUCAACUACUUCAACCUUUCCUUAUAACUCAUCCCCUACAGUCCUGGAAUCAACCUAGUUGUUCUCUUGACUUUCUGUGGCAAUGUUAUGUGUUUUUUGUAAUGUGAAGACUAAAACUGCACACAGUACUCCAGGUGAGGCCUCAAACAAGGCAUUAUUUCAUUUAAGCACUACCGUUCCUUGGCAGAACUGUCUCCGCUGCAAACAUUCUGUCAGAAAAAGUCUGACUAGAUCAGAUGCCUACAGCUCUCACUUGUAAAUGCUACUAUGUAGAAAUGGCGAUGCCAGUUUUGCAGCAUGAACCACUUUGUAUCUGCAGUGCAGCUGCUGAGAUCUGCCCAUAGCCAACUCCAUUGUAAGUUUUGGUAUCAUUUAGUAAUCAUUAACAGUCCUGCCAUCACAAAGUACUUUCAACUCGGGUGCAUGCAGUUAAGCCGGUUCUGGAAGAGCUUAAAGUUGUCAAGAAAUCAAAGCCUGUGUAAAGUGAAAAGUAAUGCAUUUUUCAUAAAAAAGUAAUAAAGGUAUAGCCAAGCAGAAAGAAUGGUGUGCCUUAAUAUCACUUCUUUUAUAUCUUGAGGGAUAAAGAUAAAGUAAGCCAUCAGCAAAAAAAGUCAAAAUUCAAGAACAGAAAGUCGACAAGUACUAACACAUCUCAAAAAAGGUGAAGACAGGCACACUGAGUAAUAAAAGCUCACUUUUCCAUAUCAUAGGGAUGAAGCCUCUAACUAAUCCUAAAAUAAAACAAGCUUGGGAGAUAUCUUUUUUGUCUGUUGAAAUAAAUGAAUGUGAAACUCGUGUUAGGUUUGCAAGGUUUGUCAAAAAGGCUAUAACGGUCUUCCCUUAACUAAGCAAAAAAUUUUUAAAAUGUGGAAGCUGUGCACUCCACAUGUAUAUUCACAAAACAACAUUUGCACAUGGUCAUGAUGUCUGCACCAUACCCAGAGUAAAGUCCCAUGACAGCAUCAGUGCAUGACAUCAGGAGAAACAUCAGGAGAAGUAAAGACGACAAAAAAAGAAGCUUCUCUAAAAUUAAUAAAAACAGUAAGCAAAUUGCUGACAUGCCUCCAGAUCCUGAAAAUUCCAUUCCUCCUUUUUUAUGUCACUGACAGUGACUUCUGCUGGCCAUCAUCAUAUUUCCAUUCUGGGCACAAGAUUUCAGAGUAGAGUCUUGUGAUGGUUUCUUUUAGAAUAUGUACAAUAGGUCAGUCAUUGUCAAAGCUCACUUUAAAGUCAUGUCCCACUUUUUAAAAAGAAAAAAGAGCAUUGAGUUGCAUUUUUAGAAGUCUGUAAAGUCCUGCUCUCUACCACACUACUUUGUAACUUUUUCCAUGGGCGUCUAGUGUAGCUGCGUCUUUCGCGGGUUCCCAAAAUCAAACAGCUAUUGAGUUGGCAAGGUAGGACCCAGCAUGAGUCAAACACUUAACAAAAGAUAAUACUUUGUGUUUUGCUCAUGUUGCUUGAAUGCAGAUCAUCACAGCUUUACAAUUUUUCCUAAAUUAUCUCCGAGUUGGCACACGAAGCACAGAAAAGUUUAAUCUGAUAUUACUGGAUUUCUGUUUUUCUAGGAACAACACAUCUGUAGUGUUGCUCAUCUUUAUCCAAUAAGCUUUAAGGUUAACCUCUGACAACAGCAAUAACAACAUUUAUUUAUAUAGCACAUUUUCAUACACACAAUGUAGCUCACAUUGCUUUACAAAAUGAAAUAAAUGAAGUUAAUAUAAAACAUAAACAAACAAGAUUAGGCAAUAAUAUUAUACAGUAUGUAACAAAGAAAAAGGGUAAGGUUCGAGUGGCCAGGAGGAUAGAAAAAACAAAAAAAAAAAAACACACUCCAGUUAGGCUGAAGAAAAACAAAAUCUGCAAGGGUUCCAAUGCCAAAAGACCGCACAACCCCUACUGGGCAUUCUACCUAACAUAGAUGUGUUAUAGGAUAAAUCAGUCCUCAUGGUUUUUAGGCUACACUUGAUAGUAUUUGAUGAAGUCAGGUGGUGGUGGCACAGAUCACCAACACAGAAGAACCGGAAAAAGAUAGCAGAGAAUAGUGGAGAUAAUAUGGAUUGCAGAAUCCUGAAGAAUAAUUCUAUGUUCAUAUAGUCUACCAUGAAUACAACUGAGACAUAUCUACGAAAAAGCUGUAUUAAAGUAAUGUGUUUUUAGCAGUUUUUUUAAAAUGUUCCACUGUAUUAGCCUGGUGAAUUUCUAUCAGUAAACUAUUCCAGAUUUUAGGUGCAUAACAGCAGACGGCCAGCUCACCACUUCUUUUAAGUUUAGCCCUUGGAAUUCUAAGCAGACCUCCAUUUGAAGAUCUGAAGUUAUAAUUGGAGUGUAGAGGGACAGGCAUUCAAAAAUAUAGGACAGAGUGCGAUUAUUUUAUGCAUUAUAAACCUUUAGUAGUACUGUAAAGUCAAUUCGGAAUGACACGGGUAACCCAUUCAACGAUGCUAAAACUGGUGAGAUGUGCUCAAAUUUUCUUUUUCUAGUUAAGAUUCUGGUUGCUGCAUUCUGCACUAAUUGCAAUCAAUUGAUGUCUUUUUUGCGUAGUCCUCAGAGAAGUGCAUUACAGUAAUCUACACGACUGAAAAUAAAAGCGUGAACUAAUUUUUUAGUGUCUUGUAAAAUUAUAAGAGGUCUACUUUUUUGCUUUAUUCCUUAAGUGAAAAAAGCAGUCCUAGUAAUCUGGUUAAUAUGCGAUUUAUAGUUUAGGUGAGAGUCCAUGAUUACCCCUAAAUUCUUUACCUCCGUGUUGAUUUUUAACCCUAAGGGAUCAAGUUUAUUUCUAAUGCCCUUGCUAUAUUCAUAGUUUAGGUGAGAGUCAAUGAUUACCCCUAAAUUCUUUACCUCCGCGUUUAUUUUUAACCCUAAGGGAUCAAGUUUAUUUCUAAUGCCUUUGCUAUAUUCAUUUUUUCCAAUCACUAAAAUUUCUGUUUUUUACUUAUUUAGUUGGAGAAAAUUACUACUCAUCCACUCAGAAAUACAAGUAAGACACAGGAUUAGAUAGACAAGAGGGUCAUCAGACACUAUAGAGACAUAAAGAUGCUUAUCAUCUGCAUACCUGUGGUUCUUCAUCUUGUGUUUUAAAAUAAUCUGGCUGAUUGGAAGUUCUUCCCUUCCUCAUAAUUUACCUGCAACUUAUGUUACAUGCAUUUAUGUCAAACUAACUGUGCUACUUGUCUAAGUCUAGUCGAAAUCUAAGUAAUCAACAUAGAUCUCAGUGUUGACGUUUACAGUGCACCAUGCAAUACACAUGUCUCUGUUAUACGCCAUUUCUUAUGGGAUUUGUAAAAGCAGUGUUAAUGUUUGUGAUGUGCCAUCCGUUGGAAUGACAAAUGCAAUGCAUCUUAUUACUAUACAUGUUUUGUGAUGCACCAUCUUUUGGAAUGAUAUAGACAUAGCAACCAGAUGGACACACAGACAGACACUUAUACUUUUAUUAAGGUGGAUAAGUUCUGAGAUUUUUCAGCUACAGAAAACAGUUGUUUCGAGAUAAGGUAGCCACCAGAGUUGCAUGUUAAUUAGCACAUUCCUUUACUACUAUUUAUACGUGACAAAAAUUUACCCUAUAAACCUAUAUAAAUAUAUAAUAUUUUGAGAAUAGAAAUGUAAAAUGGGUUGUGAUAUUGCCUCACAGUGACAGUGCCAGACUUUUCAGAACAUACUAUAGAUGGACUUUGCUCUUUAUAAAGAGGUAAGCAAAGCCAUGGUUACCUUAGGCAGAGUCCUAGAAUAAGAAGGGUCUCAAAACAUCUGUUGAAAUUUCAAAACUAAACACUGCUAUCAGUGUUUACUAUUAAUUUCCAUCAGCAUAUCCUCCCCAGCAUUGGCUCUGAUUUUGGUGUUCCUAGAGCCCAGUUUAGUUCCCAAUUGGCCCGAUGUCCAUGUGUCACGGUUAAGAUGCUCUGGGUUCUCCCACAAACCACACAUAUGCGUUUUCAAAAGAUCAGUGAAUCAAAAUCGGCCCUGUAUAAGAGUCUGAGCACACUGAAGUGGCGUCCCUCAAAGACUUGUUUUGUUCCUUUUGUUGUCAUAAUUACCUUCAACUCCAUGCAGGCCUUUAGCUGUUUUUUUCCCAAAUAUGUCAUCCAUCUUUCCACUCAUUUUCACACGCUCUUAUUCCUGUUUUGUUCUUGGUGAGCCAGAGACUAUCCCAGGAGUACAAUUCAUAAGGCAGGAACCAACCUUGAACAGGACACCAGUCAGUUGUAGAGAACAUUCAGGACAAAUUUGGUAUAUUUUUCCUACAGACAUAUUCAAAUAAUGUAAAUACACUGGGGGAAAAAUAUGAGAGAGAUUAUAAGUCAAUCCAUGCUCUUUGAGAAAAGUGCACAAUCCAUUUUCACCGCUGCCAUGACUAACUAAGGUUGUCUACUUUUUUCCCUGUUCCUACUCAUUAUUCACACUGGGCCCUCAGCUCCUCCUCCACAUCUUUUUCAACAUCAUAAAUAGAAUGCCCUUGUAAUACAACUGGACACAGAAAACCAAGAGAUAUAACUUGCUUAAGCAAAGCGAAUGUAACAAGAUCCCAAUGUUAUGUGAUAAAAUACAAUUCGGCAGGAACAGAAAUUCUUUGUAAAUCCCAACAUAAACUAUGCCCUCAUGUGAAAGUGAGAAACCAUUUCCAAACACAACCAGGACAAGUACACACACACACACACACACACACAUCAAUGAAGUGUUUUUUUUCUGGACGCAGCUAUGAUACAGAAAUAAAAAAGACAUGACAAAAACCAAACAACUUAACAAUAUCACCUCUUCCAGACACUGCAUGCCGCUAUUCAAGUGCCAUAAGGACGGAAGCUAGAACUUUUAUCACACGUCUUACACACUCACAUAUUCAGUGAAAACAUGCCCGCAUUCCAUCACGGCACGGAGAUUUGACAUUCUUCUUAAAGGCUAAUCUGUAGACUUUAUUUAUUGACACUAGCUCAUUUAAAGAUAUGUUCAGUGCCAUGCUAUGUUUGUUGUUGUUUUUUUAUUACCAUUACUCAUGAAUGAAAGGUAAAGGUGCUUUGUGGGAACUUUUUAAUUUUGUUACAAUAAAAAAUAAAUAAAUAAAUCUGUUGAAGUUAAGCAGCUGUUGGGCCAAUCUGAAAUGUAUUCUCUGUGACUGUGAAAUGAACUGUAUGGUCAUUUUUGUAAAGAAAGGAAAAAUAAAAAGGUUUACGGGUAUUUUUAUGGUUUUGAACAUUUCAAGUGCAAUGAUAAAACUAUGGCAUACAAAAUCUGAAAAGAAAAGUGUACCUUUUCUAAAACAAUAAAUUCUCAAAACAAA